AUGGCCUCGUCAGCAGAGCAACCCUAUCACCACCGCCACCCCUUCGGCGCCUCCGCCGCCCCUCCGCCAACUCCACUCGGUGCCACCGCGGCGCCUCCGCCCACGCCCUCGGCCCAGACCAACCUCUCCACGGCCACCGCCGCCCCCGACCUCAUCUCACACCUCCUCAGCCGCCUGCCACCCACGCUUUCCCUCUCCACCGCCGCCCGCCGCCCCUCCGACGCCGUUGCCGUCGGAGACGCACCCUCCAUCUCCCUCUCCGACUCCACCCCCGGCGCCCUCUUAUCCGCCGCCGCCGGACGCGGCUUCUUCCGCCUCGCCGACCACCGCAUCCCCGCCCACCUCCCCGCCGCCGCCGAGUUCGCCGCCGCCUUCCUUCUCAGCCUCCCGGCCGACAAGAAACGGACCCUUUUCCCCCGAACCUUCCCGCUCGGUCACGAAACGGAUUGCGACGACGGAGCCUCCGCCGUCGCCGGCGAAUCGUUCUGCCUCGACCCGUCUCGCUCCGCCGAGUGGACUACGGACGAGUUGGAUCUGAGUCCGCUGGGAGAGUUCAGCCGUGAAAUGGAGAGGCUCGGCUCGGAGGUCCUGGAGGAGAUGGCUAGAACGGUCGGCUUUAAGAAGCCGGCUCGGGAACAGCUCCGUUCUCUGAUGUGGGUAUCAAAUGGGGCCAAUAAUCCGGGUCGGGUCUAUCCAUAUGUAAUCGGGUUGCAAUAUCAAAUGAGAUGUCAGAAGUUGUCACUUUUGUCGGAUUCUGGUUGGGUUACUGUGUCGGGUCAGGUGGACUCGGUUCUUGUCACGCUCGGAGACAUUGCUCAGGUUUGGAGCAAUGGGAAGUUGAAAAAAGUAAGAGGAAGACCAAUCGUGAGUUCAAGUGAUGAGGAUAAUAAUCCGAACUGCAUAACGAUGUCUUUGCUCAUUACUCUUCCUUUGGAGGCCACGGUAUGCCCUCUCAUUUUUAACCUAGUCGAGACUAAAGAGGGUGAAAAACGCGAAUCCACUGAAGAAAAAAUGUCGUUUAAUUCUUUCUCGUUCAAAGAUUAUGCGUGGAGGGUCUACCACGAACAUGUGCCCGCCAAGGAUACACUUGCAAGAUAUCGAGUUUGAUUUUGUUGAUGUUGUUAUUAAUGGCUAUUGUUAAGACAUAAUACACCACAAUAUAUGGUAUUGUGGGUGAAUGUUGAUUUGUGUUAUUUUGAUUGAGUUGUUUUGGCACCAAACUUGAAAUCAUGUCAUUGUUUUUAGUAUCAAUAUUUUUUAUUAGUUCGUG